AUGACCCAGUUCCUCAGUCGGCUGACAAGCCUUCUGAGCCAAUGCAAGACCAUGAAAGAGCUCAAGCAAAUCCACGCCCAGGUAACCAUUGCCGGACACUCUUCCGACAACCACAUCAUCUCCAAGCUCCUCAUGUUCUCAACCACGUCCGGUCCCCGAAACACAGACUACUCCUUCAAGCUCUUCUCCUUGGUCUCCAGUCCCGGCACCUUCUUCUACAACACCAUCAUUAGAGCCUUCUCCGCCUCCAAGAACCCCGCCCGGGUCUUCUCCCUCUACAACCAAAUGCUUCUUGCCGGCCUCUUCCCGGACCACUAUAGCUUCCCUUUCCUCACCAAAGCCUGCGCCAACCUCGCCUCCCUUCCCUCUCGGAACUUCUCUUCACUGGGAGUGUUUGAUGCAAUGUGUGUGCGGAACUUGGUGUCAUGGAAUACCAUGGUUGAUGGGUACGCUAAGUGUGGUGAUUUGGUUGCUGCAAGGAAUGUCUUUGAUGGAAUGCUGGUGAGGGAUGUUAUGUCUUGGAGUGCACUGAUUGAUGGAUAUGUUAAGGGUGGUGAGUUUAGAAAGGCUGAUGGAAUGAAGGCCAAUGCUGUGGCGUUGGUUAGUGUGUUGUGUGCUUGCUCCGGCUUAAGAGAUCUUGACGAGGGGAGGAGGGUGCAUCGUUACAUAAAGGACAAUGGUGUGUGCCUUACUAUCCAGUUAUCAACUUCUCUGGUGGAUAUGUAUGCCAAAUGUGGAUCAAUAACGGAAGCUCUGGCUGUGUUUCGUGUAGUACCGGUGGUGGAGACUGAUGUUUUGAUAUGGAAUGCAAUCAUUGGAGGCCUUGUUAGGCAUGGACGGAGCAAGCAUUCUCUGGCAUUCUUUGAGGAGAUGCAGGUAGCAGGUGUGCAACCGGAUAAGAUCACCUACUCUUACUUGUAUAGUGCUUGCACCAAUGGAGGCUUAGUAGAGGAUGCACAGCGCUUCCGUAAUUUGCUUAAAGCACAACGCAUGGCUGUGCAUGUGGAGCAUUGUGCUAGCAGGGUUGAUGUCCUACGGCGUUCGGGCCGUGUAGUAAGGAGGCUUAUGUGA